AGGAGGUACAUUACAGUACCUAAGUCCAAGUUACGCGUGCACGAGUGUUUAAAAGUUUUAAACGCUACUUUAUACGUCUAUACAAGCUCAUCACAAGUGUUGCAUUGUAGUAACAAGGAUUCACCUGCACACACUGUAGUGGAAAGAAUUCCACUUAAACCUGAAAGGGAAGAUAUGGCCACCUCAAAUACAUCAUCAGGGAAUGAGGAACUCGGCAAAGAUUUAAGUGAGGAAACUGUAACCUCAGAACAGACAUCAUCUAAACAAAGAAAACUAGAAGCGUUAAAAGAACUGUGUCAAGAUACUGAGUUAGAUCAGGAUGUAAACAGCAUUGCCUGCAGGCAAAAUGUCAAUAAAGGUACUCCUUUAGAAGAUGAUGAAGUGCGAUGGCUUAUUGUUGGAGUAUGUUUACACAAAAUUAUCUCCCCUACUUUGAGAAAGUAUGUUCCUCAAACCAUGCAGAGACUAUAUGCAAACUUGAAGCUUUCAGACAGCAUUGACACACAGACCUUUGCACAUUACCUCCGGAGAUACACUCCAACAAAUAAAGAAUUAAACUAUGAAGCUGUCAACAACAAUUCUACCAUUCCAAAGAUACGAGGUAGACGAGACAUACAGAAAUAUGAUUACAGAGUACAUAAUGAGGUGGACCUCUCUAAGCUUUUCUUGCAGACCCACAUGGCACAGUACACAGGUUUUGAUGACACAUGUGAUUCCUCAUCCCUUCUUGGCAUUAUUAUAAAUGUUGACACAUUUCCUCCUGCUUUACGUUUUGCGGUCGAGACGGUUCGUAAAGAUAUUCGCAAUGAAUGGGCCCACUGCAACUUUUCGCAGUGGGAUAUGCACAAAUUUCAAACCUCGUUCGUUCAAAUGAAAGACAUGAUUGGAUGUCUGAAUCUAUCGGCACAAGAAGAAAGAGACAUUCUUCAACUGAUAGACACAUGGGAAAACAAUGGUUUAGACAUUCUACACGGUGCUGUUGGAUUCAGUGUGUUGAAAGAAUUGAAGAAAGAAACAAAAUCACUCGCCGAAUAUUGCCAAAGCAAAAUCAGAACAUCAGAUGAAAAUUUCAAAAAAAUACUGCAGUCUCUUACAAACAUGCUCACAGAGUUAGAAAAUAUUAAAACACGACUGUCAGCUGUAGAAAAUAAAAUUGAUGUUUUGUGUAAACAUCAGGACUCAAACAAAGGAACUAAUUAUUUUACGGCACCAAAUAGAAUAGAAGUGUUUGUUGGUCGUGAAAAUGAGCUUAAACAGCUGGAAGGAAAUUUCAGUGCUGCUGCUAACCAUCCGUGCAUUCAAGCCAUAUCUGGCCUGGGAGGAAUGGGAAAGACAUCUUUGGCUACAGAAUAUUCUUGGAAGUACCGCGAACAAUAUCCUGGUGGAGUGUUCUGGCUAUCAAUCGAAAGCGAUGACACAAUGCUCGAUUCUUUUAAGCUACUCGCAAGUGGUGUUCGUUUACAGUACACAGAUGCAAACCAUGCGAUGCGAGAAUUUCUGCAAUGGUUGUCAAAAAGGUCAGAUAGAUGGUUGAUAGUAGCGGAUAAUCUUGAUAGUGAUGAACUUACCGAAACAAUGGAAGAAUUUCUGUUCGGGUUUUGGAAAAGGAACACAGAAGGGCACCUGUUAAUAACAACUAGACGAGAAGGCAGAAGUGCAAAAGAAACAUUAAAAGUGAAUUUUUAUCUUUGCCUGGACAAGCUAACGACACCCCAAAGCAUAUACUUUUUAAAAACUCGCUCGGCUACUGAUACAGCUCCAGAUGAUAAAGCGCUAUGUGCACUGGUGAAAGAACUUGAUGGACUGCCAUUAGCUCUGGAACAAGCUGCUGCACACGUAAAAUGUCUUCAGUGUACCUUCCAAGAAUACUGGAACGAAUUUAAGACGGAGCGUUUACGUUUGUUAAAAUCUGUCGACCACAAAUCACAUGUCAAAAUGUCGAGAGAACGUCUGGCAGUACAAACAACUUGGAACAUGAAUUUUGAUUACAUUAAGAGGCAGUCUGAAAAAGAAGGACUUGGAACAGCAGCCGUCACCGUAAUGGAAAUAUUUGCACUGCUACCUGCAGAUUGUAUUUCGUUAGAAAUCCUCAACAGUAAUGGGCUGGCAAAAAGAAGUACUGUUGACGGUGACAAGCGGAUUGAAAAGGAUUUAUAUCGUUCAUUGAAUAGUAAAUUAAGAAAACGACAAGUUUUAGAGAUUCUAAGAAGAUUCUCAGUUGUUAAAGUUACUGACGCAAGUACAGUCAUAAUGCAUCGUUUAGUACAGAAUAUAUUACAAGAUGGAAUGACACCAUCACACCGAGACAGUAUCAAGAGAUUUAUCACUACACUGCUUCAAGAAAUGGCUCGGAGAUUCUCUAUGUGGCCUAACUGGAGUGAACAGAUUUGUUAUUUCUUGUUACGCGUAAAUCAUGAGCAUAUUUACUAAUUAUCGCCUUGAAUGCAUACAAACUGUCUCAGUAUACAGAGGCUAGAAACUGUUUUACUUUUGCCUAACUAUUUAUGUUUGAUUACUAUGUGUAUCAUACAUAUUUCUACUUCAAAUUUCGAGAUACCGAAUGUUUCUCAUUCUGCAGCAUGAUCGUUAAUCAAUAUAAAACAAGCUGAUUUGCUACUUUUAUGUGACAUAAUAUGUAAGUGCAUUUAUUUCAUCCGACUGUAGAACAGAUCAAGACCGGCCAUCAGGGACCAAGUGGUUAUGGCUGCUAAAUUCAAAUUGCUUCUGCCUCGCAGUUCUCAGUUCCAGGCUUGCAAGUGGUGUAUUAUUUCUUGAAAUAAUGACCAUAGGAGGUACAGAAAUAGAAAUUCAAGGAAUACUGAUUGAGUUUUAUCAUCUUACUUUUUACUUAAAAAUUGAGACAGUCAGAGAAUGAAAAUAUUAAACAUGCAGUACCAUGAUAAACUUGGUGUUAUUGAAAUAAACAGCAACUGAAUCCCAGUUUUUAUAAACUGUGGAAAAACAUUCGACUAUUCUAAAAAGGCCUCAUCGGUAUAUUGCAAGUGCAAAAAUUGUAUUUCAUUCUUACAAUUCGUACUCAAGUAUUCUGAUAUUCACUUACUAUUUAAGCAUGGCUGUUGUCACAUGUGCAAGUUAUUUCAGUAUGGAAGACACUAAAAUUACACUUUACAGCACUACUGGAUCCGGGGUUUCAUGUUUUUACACCACCACUGGACCUUUUAUAUUAUGUCCAGUCACCUACGUGAAUUUCAGCUUAACCUUUUUAUCUUUGAAAAACUAGUCAAUUCAUUCAUCUUUUUAACAGUGUAAUUAUGUGUAAUGGAUAUUCAAUAUUCUUUUCAGAUGACAACCGAAUCUUUCUAUGUAUAUUUGAAUAAAUCUAAUCUGAAUGUGAAUUUCAUGAGCUGUAAUCAUGCUUCAUUCAGCACAGGAAAUAGCAGCUUAA